AUGGGCACAGCUGGCGAUCGUCUGCUGGACAUACCCUGUAAGGUAUGCGGCGAUCGCAGUUCGGGCAAACAUUAUGGAAUCUACAGCUGCGAUGGCUGUUCGGGCUUCUUCAAGCGUAGCAUUCAUCGCAAUCGGAUUUACACCUGCAAGGCCACAGGUGAUCUCAAGGGUCGCUGUCCUGUGGACAAAACCCAUCGGAAUCAAUGCCGAGCCUGCCGCCUAGCCAAAUGCUUUCAAUCGGCCAUGAAUAAGGACGCUGUGCAGCACGAGCGCGGUCCACGCAAGCCGAAGCUGCAUCCGCAGUUGCAUCAUCAUCAUCAUCAUGCGGCUGCUGCUGCUGCGGCGCAUCAUGCGGCCGCUGCCCACGCCCACCACCACCAUCAUCAUCAUCAUCACGCACACGCGGCGGCGGCGCAUCAUGCUGCGGCGGCUGCCGCUGCUGCCGCCGGACUGCAUCAUCAUCAUGGCGGCCAUUUGCCGGUAUCGCUGGUGACCAAUGUCUCGGCCUCGUUCAACUAUACGCAGCACAUCUCGACGCAUGCACCGCCGGCUGGCUUUCAUCUGGCCACGGGCGCACAGCCACCGCCGACGCAUCCACACCAGACGCAUGGAGCACAUCCGGCACAGCAGGCAGCAUCACAUGCGACGGCCUUUCAUCAUCCUGGCCAUGGACACGCGCUGGCGCCACCCGGCGGUCUACAAAAUGGCAAUGUCAGCGGCAGCGGCAGCGCUGCUGGUGGUGCCUCUGCCGUGGCCAUGUCCUUUCCGCCCCACCUGCUCCAUCACAAUCUGAUUGCCGAGGCGGCCAGCAAAUUGCCUGGCAUUACGGCGGCAACGGCAACGGCCGUGGCCGCUGUGGUUUCCACGUCGCCCUAUGGCGCCCAGGCGACGUCGGCGACAAUUGGCAGCAACCACAACAACUACUCAUCGCCCUCGCCCAGCAAUUCCAUACAGUCCAUAUCGAGCAUUGGUUCGCCGAGUGCCGGAGCUGGUGGCGACGAGGUUGGCAGCCUGAGCCUGGGCAGCGAGAGUCCGCGCGUUAAUGUGGAAACGGAGACGCCAUCGCCGUCGGCAUCGCCACCCUUGAGCGCUGGCAGUGUAUCGCCGGCGCCGACGUUAACCGAUUCACAGAGCCGGGCCGCAUCCAGCACAUCGCCGCAUCCGGCACAGGGCUCGACGCACUGCCUCAGCGAAGCCUCGCAUCGGACCAACAAUAAUGCCACGACGCCGCCCAGCAAUGCUGCGCUCCUCAUGCACAGCAUUCAUGUCAACAACAACAACAACAACAAUAAUAACAACAACAACAACAAUGCUGGCAGCGGCGACAACAACACCAAACAGCUUAGCUACACAUCGGGCUCACCCACGCCCACAACACCGACACCGCCUCCGGCUCUGCAAACGCCGCGUGCCACCGUCGGCGGCUGCCACGCCUCGAACGGUUUUCUGGAACUGCUGCUCAGUCCGGACAAAUGCCAGGAGCUCAUCCAGUACCAGGUGCAACACAACGCCCUGCUCUUCCCUUCGCCGCUGCCACAGCAUCUGCUCGACUCGCGCCUGCUCUCCUGGGAAAUGCUCCAGGAGACGACGGCGCGUCUUCUGUUCAUGGCUGUGCGCUGGGUCAAGUGCCUGAUGCCGUUCCAGACGUUGUCCAAGAAUGAUCAGCAUCUACUGCUACAGGAGUCCUGGAAGGAGCUCUUUCUGCUCAAUCUCGCCCAAUGGACCAUACCAUUGGAUUUGACGCCGAUACUAGAAUCGCCGCUAAUCAAGGAGCGCGUGCUGCAGGAUGAGGCGACCCAAAUGGAAAUGAAGACCAUACAGGAGAUACUCUGUCGAUUUCGCCAGAUCACGCCCGACGGCAGCGAAGUGGGCUGCAUGAAGGCGAUUGCAUUGUUCGCGCCGGAGACCGCCGGCCUGUGCGAUGUGCAGCCCGUGGAGAUGCUGCAGGAUCAGGCGCAGUGCAUACUGUCCGAUCAUGUCCGCCUGCGCUAUCCACGGCAGGCGACACGCUUCGGACGACUGCUGCUGUUGUUACCCUCACUGCGCACAAUUCGGGCGGCGACCAUUGAGGCGCUCUUCUUCAAGGAAACUAUCGGCAAUGUGCCGAUAGCGCGACUAUUGCGCGAUAUGUACACUAUGGAACCGGCCCAGGUGGACAAGUAGAUGGCUGUCGGGCGUGGCAUGCUACCAAAUGUAAUCAAAAUCG